AUGAAUGUUCCCUUCGUUUCCUCAGGCGCACUUAGCCGAAGGCACUACAAACUGGUGUCCGAUGUCGAGAACGCAGCGACCAUGCAGGCCGCUGACCAAUUCCUGUUGGCGGAGAUCAACCAUAUCCAACGUCGGGCGCGUUCCGCGGACUUGUCCCUCAAUGACUGGAAAGAAAACCUGAUCUUACUUCUACAUUGCUCUUCUACAAUUUCGGCUCCUUUACCGAUGCACGCGCUAGAUUUUGCGCUCCCUCACGCGGUCACGGUAGCAGAGGCGGGAGAGAGCGUCCCUGACAAGAGAAUCGGCUACCUCUUCUGUGCCGAAGUCAUGAGCCAUGAUCACGAGUUACGACUGAUGCUCGUCAACACCAUUCGCAAGGAUCUGGAGUCCUCAGAGAUACCACGAAUAUGCCUGGCUCUCGACGCACUCAUAACCUCGCCAAGUCACGACGUCAUACCUGCCGUGCAGCCGCGCCUGCACGACCUGCUCUCGCACACCUCUCUACAUGUCCGUCGACGCGCCCUUUUGGCCUUUCGUGCUUUGGCCGAGCAUGAUGCUGCGCUGCUAUAUCGAAUCAGCGGAGACAUCACGAAACGUCUUCAUGAUACGUUUCCUAUGGUGCUAAAUGCAGCGCUCGCCGUAACAAUUGCUGCAGUCGAGCACGGCGCUGUCAAGGCCCACGUCUUCCGCCGCACUGUCCACGAGCUCCUCAGCUCCCUCAUGCAAGCCCGGGAGUCGAAACUUGCACAUGGUCCGCUUCUGCAGACCUUGCGCGCAUUGCGAACGAUUGGGCUGAACGAGGAGAGCUUGCUGGGGGUGUAUUCCGUCCUAACUUCCGCCGUCAAAUCGGGAGACAAAGCGCUUGCUUUAUCAGUAUUCUUGUUACUGUCCACGGUCAAGCCAACAACUCUGCUCGACGAAGGUCUUUUACCCGUCGCAGAAAUCAGAGACUACCUUACCUCUCGCGACGUCAACGAGCAAAUUCUUUUUCUCAAUUGCCUGGACUCGAUCGAUCCAGUAACUUGGGCUGGGACAAAUCCGGAUGUCCGACCGCUGGUGCUAGAAGAGUGGGAGGUGGAACGGGUGAUGGGUUUCCUUGACAGCCCCGAUCCUCUCGUCAGAAAAAAGACGCUCGCGAUCCUCAACAAAAUCGAUGGCAACAUCGUCUCCACGUACUACGUCCAAUCCGUCGAGACAAUGCCCUCCGAUCUCCCCUUGCCAGCGAGAGAAGCCUACGUCGGCCGCCUCCUCGAAGUCAUCGAGACCCAGUGCAAUGACGAAGGUGAGGCGUACGCCAGCGCCGUACUUGAUCUCCUGCGGAAGCUGUCUACGCUGUCGACGGCGGCGUCGACGUCAUCAUCCUCUCCAGUGCCGUCAGGCUCCGUCGACCUGUCCGCAACGGUAAAGCCUGCGGCUGGCAGGCCGCUGGUCCUCGAGAGCGUCGUAACAGCGGUGCUAGAGCACAUCCGGUUUGGCAAAGCGGACUUCCGUGUGGGCUGCGCGACGACCUUUGUCGCAUCUGUGCUCAGCACCGACAGCGAGUCGAGUCUGAUGGUCGAGGCCUUGGAGUCGCAUGGGCCAACUGGCGAAAGUAGUGUUGAGCCGACAGCGAUGGUGAUCACCGCUGCGUUGGCGACGGAGUUUUGUGGCCAACUCGCUAUGGCGCCCGUGUCCCUGUUACGCGGCUUCAGCACGAGACUCAGUCGCUGUCCAGCUGGUGUUCAGGAUGCAUGUUUGCUCGCGAUGCUUCGGAUUUCUGUGGAGUGUGAGGAUGUACCUAGCGACGUGCUUCAUACAGUGCAAGAGCUUGCAAAAAAUGCAGGACGACAUAUCAGGCGGCGCUGCGAGCAAUUUAUGAGGCUUUCGCAGCAGCCUGCGGCCCUUCAAGAAGUCCUACAACGUGCGAGAUCGUAUUCUCUUCCCGACUUCUCAGAAGCUCUGCAGGCGACGCGCCUUCCAAACGCAUCUCCGGCGUCGAAGCCAGGUAGUUCACCCGUGAUUUCCGAGCGAUCGCUGUCGGCAAGCAAGCUGCGCUACGAUGCAUACGAGACGCCUCGUCCUGCUGCUCGUAUCCGGACGCGGCGCUUGUCAAGUGGUACGAGUAGCGUACAUUCGGGAUUGAGCGCGGAGAAGGACCGUUCGCGCACCGUUUCACCUGGUCAACUUACUUUUAUGGCUUCGCUGACGGAUGCCGACAACGCCUUGAACCCCCUUCAGGCGAGGUCGCAUGCUCCAAGGCCUCAAGUCCAGACGGCUGUCGAUGACUUGGCAUCGAGGGUAGACCUGAUUGCCUUCGAUUCGCCUUUCAUAGCUAGUCCACCGGCUAACGCGCCAUCCGGUGAAGACGACGGCGCACACGAGGCUGAAUUCGAGCGCAUAUGGAACGCGCUGAAUGAAGCGAACAAUGCGCGAGGCUGGUGUGAGGCCGGACUCGAAGAGGUAGUCAACCGCCUGAGCGGCCUUGAGCUCCCUGUGCAUACCGUUCCAGAAGGAUCACCGCCGUUCCCAGGGGAGCUGAAAAUCAUUGUUCGGGGAGCGGGUAGCGACUCGGGAAACUCUGCGGUCCUCAGGCUUCGAGCUAACGACUCGGAUGGAUGUCUAUGGAGGAUGCGAUGUGGCGAUCCUAGUCUGCAGGUCCAGAUCAAGAGGUUACUAAUGGACGGGUGA